GUUUUUUAAGUCUCAACUACUACUCCGAGCGAAAGAUACAGUCUCUGAGAAAAGAGAGAGAAAGAGAAAGAAAAGGGUUUUUAAUAGCAUUUUUCCUCCAUUAAUGCUUCUCAGCAACAAAGCGUGAAAUCUUCAUUCAUCAUCUUCCUAAACAAUCCCCAGCACUACCUACUGCUAUUAAGGUCCAGAGAAGUUGUUCAGAUUCGAUAUACAGAGCUAAAUAUAUAUUUAUUUAUACACAUAUAUACGUACUGAUACACAAGUUGAAAGAGUGGUUGAAAUGGAGUUGAGUCAAGUAACCCUAGAGAUCUUCACAAAGCUGGAGCAGAAAUGGCUCUCUCACUGUGAAAACACCAAGAAGAUUCGGAUUCUUAGCAUUGACGGAGGCGGAACCACCGGCAUUGUCGCUGGUGCCGCCCUAAUCCACCUUGAGGACCAGAUCCGCCUCAAGACCGGUGAUCCUCACGCUCAAAUAGCAGAUUUCUUCGACCUAUUCACUGGUACUGGUAUUGGAGCUAUUCUAGCUGCUAUGAUCGCCGCCGACGACGGCUCUGGUCGUCCACUGUUCACCGCGAGGGAAGCAGUCAAUGCCAUCGCUGAGAAGAACUCUGACCUGUAUAAGGUCAAGUUUUCCGGAAUGUUUAGCCGGCAUCGGAGAUACUCUGGCGCAAGCAUGGACAAGGUGCUCAAGGAGUUGUUUAGGAGAGAGGACGGGACGGUUUUGACGCUGAAGGAAACGUGUAAGCCUCUCCUUGUGCCGUGCUUCGACCUGAAAAGCUCAGCGCCCUUCGUGUUCUCCCGAGCCGACGCGUCCGAGUCACCGAGUUUCAACUUCGACCUGUGGAAGGUCUGCCGCGCCACGUCAGCGACGCCGAGCCACUUCAAGCCCUUCAGCCUAAGCUCCGUAGACGAGAAGACGUCGUGCUACGCCGUAGACGGCGGACUAGUAAUGAACAACCCGACGGCGGCGGCGGUGACGCACGUGCUCCACAACAAACGAGAUUUCCCGUCGGUUAACGGCGUAGAGGAUCUGCUGGUUCUGUCUUUAGGUAACGGUCCGCUGAUCGGACGGAAAACGUUCCGCGACGGCGCCAACUCCGAUUGCUCAACGUCAUCGGUUGUUGACAUUGUGUUUGAUGGAGUAUCGGAGACAAUUGACCAGAUGCUGGGGAACGCAUUCUGUUGGAAUCGUACGGACUACAUCAGAAUUCAGGCAAACGGGUUAGUGGGACCGAUAACGAAGGAAGACGAGGAGGUGGUGGUGGUGGAAGUGAUGAAGGAAAGAGGGGUUGAGUCGUUACCGUUUGGCGGGAAGCGGUUACUGACGGAAUCUAACGGACAGAGGAUCCAGAGUUUUGUUGAACGCCUCGUGGCUUCCGGAAAGACCAGUCUGCCACCUAGUCCUUGCAAGGCAGCCACCGUUAGCCCUCUUGCUAACGGCCGUUAAUUACAUUGUUUUUUUUUUAAUAUGGAUUUUUUUGUUUAAUUAUAUAUAUAUAUUUUUUUAACUCUGUAAGACUGUAAUGUAACCCCCCUCAGGUUCACUUUUUAUAUAUAUAAAUGUUACCCUUUCCGAGUUAAAUAUCAUCUAAUAAUAAUAACAACUUGCUCUUUUUAUAA